AUGCAGCUAGGAGGAGUAGGAAGCGGUAAUGGGAGAAUUCAAAAUUCAGAUUCUCUGAAAGGCAGAAACUCUGGUUCCAAUGGUGGGAGCAGCCAGAUCGAAGGUGUUGGUCCCAUGGGAGAGAAGGACAAACCUUCGGACAUUCUAAAGGUUGUUGACAUUCUGCAAACUGGUGGUACUCUGCCAGAGAAGAAAGUGGAUUCUGGGUUUUUGGGGGAGGGGUCCAGCGGGGGGUCCAGCCCACGUGAAGAGACCUUGGAGAACAGAAAAGAACCUAGAAAAUGGCCGAAAGGAGAGCUCAAGCAGACUAAACCCCCGGUUAAAAGUAAAAAAGUCCCAGAAAAAAAGACUGAAUCUUCAAAAGACACGGCUGGAGUGGUAAUUGUUGAUACUUAUGCUAGUAAGGAAACACAAAAGAAAGAGGAUCAACCUAAGGAAGGGGAGAUCCCUGGCUCCCAAGAAGAAAAGUUUGGUUCUUCCCCACUCAUGAUAAGCUCUGAAAUGCAAGAAGCCCAAAAAUGUGCAAUACUGGGUAUAAACCUUUCAGAUUCAGAUCAGAACUCAAAAAUAGUAAACAGUGCUUCACAUGAUUCCAGAUUCCCUAACUGGGGCAAUGAAGAUGAAAUAUCCAGAAUCCUCAACGUCGAUACGAACCUAGCAGCUACAAGGAAUGGAAGCAAAAGGAGGCGGUCUGGAACAUUCUGUAGCAGGGCUAACCAAAUAGCCCGCCCACAGCCCUCUAUAUCAGAGUCUAAGGAGGAUGGGUCGGACUCUGUCUUUUCUUUGGAUGAGGGUUCUGAUAGUGAUCCAACAAGAAAGUCUGAGGAGAGUAUGGAUGACUCAGAAGUUGAAGUAGGUAAGAAGAGGAAAUAUUUGAAAACCGGACCUUCCUCCUCAAAGGGAAAGAAAUCCAAAGGCAAAAUUCUCCAGAUUAGCUCCUCGGAGGAGGAGGUCUCUGAAGAUUCAGAGAAGAAUCUCAGCCACAGAAUCCAGAUUCUGGAAACUAUCAACACUGGGGAAGCGAAGACUAUGGUAGAUUACAUGGAGGAUUUGACAAACAUUGUUUCUAAAGCCGAAAAUAUAAGAGACUCCUUCAACCCCAGAUUCGAGCAAAUCGAGAAAGACCUGCUACAGAGGAAAGCAAAUGCUAAUGCUAUGGAUCAAACUAUUUGA